AUGAGUGCAAAUGUUGUGCCCUGGGAGUGCCGGGACAAGGAUGACCAGUCAGAAGCGCUUUACAAUGUACCCUUACACAGGACCAAUCGCGCUCUGACUCAAGAAAAUCAGCGACUGAAAAAGCUGCUUCGACAGCACAAUAUUCCUUGGUCAACGAUCUCACAGACUCACUUGUCUACUGUAGAGCCCGGGCGCCGCAAAACUCGAUCAUCGAACGCGGGCAGCGAAAUGGCAGGGCUUCGACUGCCAACAGAGGUUUUGCUUCGCAUUCUCAAGUUCGCCAUGACCAGCCCAUACCCUAUUCUUGAUCCGCUGUCCUCGCUUGCCCAGGAGAAUAUAUCCGAGUUGGAAAGAGAGCGGGGGAAUCAAAUCUCCAUCCACUUUCUAGCCACUUGUAGUGCUAUGCAUACAGAGGGUACGAAAUAUCUUUGGGAAUGUAACCGAUUCGUCUUUACUUGUCCUCAAGCUCUCCAAAAUUUCGGCGAGCUCAAUGCUCGCUUCCGCCACCCUAUCCAAAGCAUCACUUUGCGCGUGAUUGCGCGAUACUAUGAUGAUCAACGCCGCCGUCACAAAUUGGAGGCUGGCUAUCAUGCAGAUUUGAAGAAGGAUCAGCCUCUUCGGGUUCAUAUGCGCCCUCGCGAGUCCCUCCUUGUUCGAGGUGGCUUCCGAUGUUAUACCUGGAACCAGAUCGUGGACUUCUUAGCUGCCUUGCGUGCUCCAUACGAUGCCGCUCAUCGCGACAAAGCGAAAGCACGGCCAAAACUUCUACCAAAUUUGAAAGUUCUUCGCCUCGAUCUUGUCAAUUUUUCUGAUGAACUUGUUCCCUUUUCAGGCUCUGAGCUGCAUGGAAUUACAUCUCACGAGCUAGGUUGCACGCUCAACGAAUUGCAGGUUACUGGGAUGCCUUUCGAUGACGCUGGAAUGAAGGCUUCGGCGGAACUGAGUGGCAUGCUCAAGGACGAAGGCCUUUACCUUGACGGGCCAGCUGCCUUUGUUGCCCAUAAGAAGCAUUUGCAGGAGCUAUCUGGUAGCAAAUGGUGCGCAAGGAUCAUUCGCGCGUGGAAGUCGGAAGAGGGGGAAGACGAUGAGAUGGAUGAUGGGCAUGACGGCCACGACAGUCCGCUGACUGGAUGGCAUCGACCAAAGCUGGGAAUCCUUCCUCCAGCUCCCGAGGAAAAGGGGCAUCCGACAUCGACAAGACUAGAAGGUACUGUGAUUUGGAAACGAGUUCCUACUUCGCGAGACAGCGACGAACGACAGUGGACCGAAUUUUCCCGAUUCAGCGGGUAUGAAAUUGACAGUGCAGAUUCGGACUCGGACAGCAAUCUCUGUCCUUGCUGCGGCGAAUCGCAUCCUGGGGCAUCAUUUUUGGACUUUUUGAUGGAUGAUGAAGAUGGUGAAGAUGAUGAAGAUGACGGAGACGAUGACGAGGAUGAGUCGUUUGACUCGGAUGAGGAAAUGUAA